ACAGCUCUCUUUCUUUGGUGUGCUACAUUUUUGUUUAGCGCAGCAUUUUAAAAUUACUUAACAAAUUGCGUAUUCGCAGCAAUUACAGUUUCUUCAACGAUUUGUGGUAGAAUUUCUUAAUUAAAAAAUGGAUGAUUUGAAUGUGCAACUCAAAAGCGAGUUCUCUGCGGCUAUUGACGACGACGAUCAAGUGAAUACUCCUCUGCGCAGAGAAAAUCCAUUGACACCUGAUCCACCAACUGAUUGUGUCGGCGGUGUUGGAUGGAAUAGCGACGAUGAUGGAGAAAAUACGAUGCCAACCCAGAGAGUGGUGAUCAAAAAGUUCAGUCCACGUUUUGACCCUAAUGAAGACGAUGCAACGCCACCAAGAACGUCGAAUACCACAAUAAACGAAAAUGGCGAAAAUGUAGAGGAAGCAGCUGUUGAGGAUGUGAAGAUCAAAUAUGAGCCGCCACGAGGAAUGGAUUUCGGUGGAUUACUGGAUGAACUGGACGAUAUGGAUUUGGAGGGCGUAAUAAAUGCGAUUCGAAGUCGCAGAGCCGAAAUGGAUAACAUGGACUUGAAGCCGCUUAGAACUGAAGAGGAAAUUGUUGAGACUGUUGCCGAUGGGGAAGUAGAUGAUGCUAGUGCUGAUGAUGAAGAAAUGAGGUUGCUCACCGAAGAGCAUGAUAAAAUACUUGAAAUAUUGCGGCGCAGAGAGGCUGAGAAACAACAGAAUCCAACGAACCAGGAAACCACAAAGAAAAGAAAGCACAAAAAGGAGAAGAAACACAAGAAACGUCGCAGUUCAAGCCCGGAAUGCAGUUCUCGUAAGAAACUGCGACGGACGCAUAAAACUAGCAACAGCAAAGAUGAUGACAUAGAACUGGAUUAUGUUCCAGUGCGUGAUUCCGAAAGAUCCCUUAAGAUUAUCAGUAUCAAGAAGCUAUUGCCAGGUGACACAGCAACUACUGCUGCUGCUGCGGGUCCAAAACUGAGCAUCAAAGAGAAGCGCCAACUGGCUGUGGAUCGUGUGAAAGCCACACUUAAAUUGAUGGCUCUCGAAAGAUCGGGAACACCGCCAACAGAAUAUCUGGUAGUGGACACCAUUAAGAAACUGCCUGGCCGCUCGUCAGUGUUGUGUGGAGCCAACUUUGAGAAUCCCUCGCCAUUGUGCAACAACUUCAAUGUGUCAUAUCAAUUCAAUUCAACCACGCCAAACAUCAGCAUAGCCAAGUGGGGCUUGGAGGCAUUGCCAAGGCCAACAGUUGCUCUGCUCCGCCUCACGGGCAUUAGCGUGAACCGCUUAACACAAUUGCUCCAACAUUCGAAGAUGCCAUUGCAAAAGCUGCGUCAGCAGGAGAAGGCAUCCAAGGGCAAUGAAGAGGAUGAGAACAUGGGCACCGGCCUCUUUCGCAGCCUGGCAACCCAAACGGAUCCAAAUAUUGGCAAUCGAACACAAGAUGUUGGCAUUCAGGCAAUGGCACCAGGAUCGUCUUCGAGUCAGGGUAUCUUUUGGCUGGAUUCGGAUUUCUGUGAGACAAACUUGUCGCAGCAACAUGCCAAUGUGGUGUUUGCAUUAAAAGAGUUGUGCGCCACAAUGCCUAGUUCCACAUAUUGGGCUGAUUCGAUAUUUAAAGGACUGCAAAUCGCUUUGAAUGCUAAACGUGCAGAAGCUAAGGAACUGCGCAGUCGCCAUUUGUAUUCGCGUGUUUAGUAGU